CGGUGUUUAAAAAUAAUGUAUGUUAAAUUCAGCUUAAAUUGGGAAACUCGCCAUUGGCUGUGACGUCACUCGCGUUAGUGCACAUGAUAUUGCGGGGCGGAGCUCUAUAAUCAGAGUCUCAUAGCUCGUCCUGCUGGUAAGUCGCAUAAAUGUUUGCUCCGUCUUAAUAAUUACAUUUGGAUCAUUUUCAGGCCCAAGUUUGAACUAUAAACCACACAAAAGGUUACUCAUUUUGUCUGUUAAGUCCUAGUUGUGUUAUUCGAGUCAAAUAUGUAUUAUUUGUGACUAUACGAUGAACAGUGUGUUAACUGGCCUGAUUGUAAUCUCCAAACUUCUGUUUAUUUCAUUUAAGACGUUGUAUGCGACAUCGAUGUGCUAUAUGCUGAUAAGCCAUUUGGUCCUGUUUUCCCAGUCUUCUUGUCGCAGAUACAGUAAAGCAACCCUGAGUGACCAUCCACCUGAUCUCCAUGUGAAUUUAUUCCAUCUACACACACACAGUCACAUUGGUGCCGUGACUCGUUGUUCUUCAAUCAAGAUGAUAUCUGAAGCGGCCGAGGGUUCAUCUUAAAGUUUUCGCUGGAGUCAGGUGGACACAAUCUUGUACAGACACUGAUCAUUUUUUUUUAAAAAGAAGACAAGAGGAACUUUAUUCAUUUUUUUUAUUCACUGAGAGACUUUGACAUUUGAGAUUCAGAGACCUUUAUGAAGGACAGUUUUUCAACAGCACUUUUUAGAAUUAAUAUAUUUUUUUUCUUGUAUUAUGUUUUAUUCAGUGUUUAUGUGUACUGAUAUUCAUUAUGAGUGGUUUUGAUGACUAUAAUACUCCAAUCUGUGGAAGUAAAGGUAGAGGAUGGGGUUUAUUGAAAGUACCACAGUCAUUACAGUUCAGUGUGCCCGAUAUCCAGAGUAAAGCGCAUGUGCUCAUAGACAGUCAUGCUUCUAAUUCAGAUCCAUUAGUUUGUGAGGACCCAUCCAUUAGUCAUGAAUCAGAUGCUUCAGUAGUACACCAAGGUGUGUUUUCUUCCACUCCAUUCCCUAACGCACAGUCCCCAGAUGUAAUCACUGCUAUGACAGACGUAAUCAGCAAAGUCGGUCAGCAAAUUGCUGAUAGCAUAGUCACCAGACUCAGCCCAACACAUACAGUUGACACAAGUUCAGUAUGCAGUCCCUCCAAAAAUGUGACAGAUGGUACAGCUUCACAAAUGCUCGACUUACUACAAAGCCAGUUGUCCAUUUCCAGAAAUGUGAAAGAACCACCUAGCUUCAGAGGUGAAGUUUCUGAUACUAUUGACUUAAGUGAAUGGAUUGAUGUCAUGAGAGAUUACAUAAAACGUAAUAAUUUGAAAAAAGAACAACAAGCGGAGGAAAUUUUGAUCCAUCUAAGAGGCAAAGCAAGAGAUGUGGUCAAGUUUGGCAUAAGAAACAGUGACAUUGACAUUGUGCAUAACCCUGAUGCUAUCUUCAGUAUUCUCAGGAAACACUUUGAGGCAGCUCCCUGCUCUCCUCUCCCGCUGGCUGACUUCUAUACCACCUUACCCAGGCCAGAUGAGGAUGCUUAUGAGUACUGGCUCAGGUUAAAUCGUGCAGUUGACGUCGCUGCAGAACGUUUGAAAGAACAGGGUAAACUGUUGGACUGUCCAGGUACAGAGGUAACCCGCAUGUUCAUCAGACACUGCCCAUGUAAGGAGCUUGCCAUCACUUUUCGAUCUAAAACAAUGGAUUCAUGGUCUGUGCGAGAAGUUCAAGAUAUUUUGAAUGAGUAUCACUCCGAAACCAGUCUUGUAUCUGCAGUGAGUCAUGCUGCGCCCACAAAAAUUCCUGUGAACAGAGCUGAAGUGGAACUGUCGACAGCAGCACUUGCAUCUACUUCUGAUGUCCAGCAGUCUAAAUCUUUGGAAGCUUCUGCAUUAGAGCGAGUCAUGAGCCUGUUGGAAAAAGUUCUGUUAAAGGAGUCCACUAGCAAAGAGCCAUGUCGACGCUCAAGGCCCAACGUAAGUCUACCUCGAAUAAAAGGACUUAAUGACCUGCCAUGCACUGUCUGUUCGAGCCCUAUUCAUUCUGGCCUCACGCAUUGUCGUGACAAAAAGUUGUGCUUCCAGUGUCACUCUCCUGACCACUCACGCUUUGUUUGUCCUGAGAGAGUGAAGUCUCCGUCUUCUCAAGGGCUGGGAAACUAGAAGAUCUACACUCAAGGGAGGACAGUGUAGAUCAUGAGAAUAUUCCUCCAAACCAGUGUUGUAUGAAUGAUCCUACCUCAGUUUAUAGUCUUUCUAAUUCUGUUGAGCCUGCAGGAAAAACUGUCAUCUUUCAGAACAUGCACAGAGUACAGAGAAUUGAUAGUCUGUUUUACACACCUGCAAUAGUAUGGGGCGACCUUCAACUGAAAGCUAUGGUUGACAGUGGCUCCAUGGCAUGCACGUUAAGUGAAGCUGCUGAACGUCACUUAUUGCAGCACAAGCCUGAUUUACAAAAGCUCCCUGCCAACGAUGUUGUCAUAAUUGGCUGUGGUGGACAGCGCGUUACUCCAAAAGUGAUGUAUGAACUUGAACUCUCAGUUUAUGCCUGCAAGAUGGUUGUUCCAGUUUUAGUUGUUCCAGGUCAGACCGACGAUUUGAUCCUCGGUAGCAACGCUAUCAAGUGGCUGAUUCAAAAAAUGAAGGAAACUGAUGGAUACUGGAGACUUGUGUCCAGCCCAGCUAACUCUGAUGAUAUUGAAUGUCACCAAUUCCUGUCUCUUCUUUCAAAUGUGGAACGAUGGAAGGGAGAGGACAUGCCUGACAAGGUGGGCACAGCUAAGUUAAAGGAGAGAAUAACUCUAGAACCACACCAUGAGCAUCUUGCUUGGGCUCAGCUUCCUGAGUCAACAGCUGUUUCUGUGGGGAGCACAGUCAUUGUUGAACCAACCCUGUGUAAAUGCCGUCCAAGAAAUGUGAUCAUAGGGAGAGUCAUCACACCUAUGUGGGGCAGUAGAUGG